AUGACUUCGACGCCCCGGGACAUGGUUGGUGGAAUGGGCCCUUCGGAUCAGGUUCAUGGAUCGGCUUUUGACAGUCACCAUGGUGCACCGCCGGAGGCCUGGUAUCCGGGAGCGCAGCGAUACCCCACAGCGAUCCAGCCAUUUUCGGAAGUCUCUGGUGCCGAUGGCUCGGUAAUGUCAGAGCUCAUGGAGCAGUAUCGACCAAAGCCGCUCCAACACCUCACACCUGCCAGUGUGGAGGAAGAGUGGCAGCAAUGGCCUGAUGCCUGGGAUAAGACUGGUGGCGAGAAAUCCAACAGGAAAUGGAGGGCAAAACCUCCUCAUGCCGACGCCGACGAUGACGCCGACUAUGAUGCUGACGAUGAUACUGACGAUGAUGUCGACGAUGAUGCGGACGACCUGUGUUCAACCUCAGAUCUCAGGAUGGGGGGAGCUGGCACGGAAAAAUCACGAAAAACAGACACAAGGAAAGCUGGGAGCAAGAGAAAUUAA